UGAGCUCACCGUUGACCCACACAAAGAAGCUGCAGCUGAUAAUGCAGCACUGUCAUGUUGGCCUGCGCCUGCAUGUGUUUGCAAACUCAAAGGAGAGCUCUGAGGGAUGGAAGGCAGGCGGAGCUGCGAUGUUGCAGAGACGGAGGACAUUUUUGGAAGAAUUUGAAGUUUGACAGGUUUUUUUUGGUCUCUCUUCAUUGCUGCAUGACUGUUCACCUGCUGAGGAAGGAAGGAAGACCUGCAGGACGGUUCAUUCAGGAGGGCAUCUUUGUCUCAACUUGAGCUGGGCGAAACAACAAGAGAAGCAACAUGGAGAAGUUUAAAGCAGCCAUGGUUCUCGGGGCUGUUGGCGACGCUUUGGGCUACAGGAAGGGUCGCUGGGAAAGCUGCGCCUCGGGCAAGAAGAUCCAAGAAGAGCUGGCCUCUCUGGGCGGACUGGAGUCCAUAAAGCUGGACCCUGAGAACUGGCCCCUGAGCGACGCAGUGCUGAUGCACAUGACCACAGCCGAGGCUCUCAUAACAGAUUACUGGUGUCUGGAGGACCUGUACAGGGAGGUGGUGCGCCUCUAUGUGGAAGCCAUGGUCUCUCUCCAGGGACGAGCUCCAGACCCGGCCACCGUGGAGCCCUGCGUCCACCUGAAACCUCACAUCUUCCUGCUCGCCUGGCACACACCCUUCAAUGAAAAGGGGUCUGGGUUCGGAGCAGCAGCCAAAGCCAUGUGCGUUGGUAUGAGAUACUGGCAGCCGGAGAGACUGGAUAACCUGGUGGAGGUCAGCAUUGAGAUAGGCAGAAUGACCCAUAACCACCCAACAGGCUUCCUUGGUUCCCUGACAACAGCAUUAUUUGCAUCCUUUGCAAUCCAGGGGAAACCUCUGGUGACUUGGGGCCGUGAGCUCAUGAGGGUCAUUCCCCGUGCAGAGGACUACUGCAGGAAGACGAUACGACACAUGGCAGAGUAUCAGGAAAACUGGUUUUACUUUGAGGCUAAGUGGCAGUUUUACCUCGAAGAACGACAGAUUGACAAGGACGGACACGACAAGCCAUCAUUCCCUGAAGGCUACGAUGCAGAGGAGACAGAUAAAAUGUACAAGCGUUGGAGCUCAGAGGGCCGUGCAGGGCGGCGAGGUCAUGAUGCUCCCAUGAUCGCCUACGAUGCACUUCUGGCUGCAGGCGGCGACUGGACAGAGCUGUGUAAACGAGCCAUGUUUCACGGAGGUGAGAGCGAAGCCACAGGCCUCAUCGCAGGCUGCCUCUACGGCCUCAUGAACGGCCUGGACCAGGUGCCUCAGAACCUGCACCGGGAUUUGGACAAGAGAGAACGCCUGGAGGAGCUGGGGGAGGCGCUCUACAAGGCGGCAUCUGCGGAGAAAUGCACAGAGAAGUAAUCCUGAUCUUCGCUGAGCUGAACUCUGCUGGCUAUGAGAGGAACUGAACAUGACACUUCCCUCCCUCAGUCCCUCAGAGUAGCUUUACGGGACAUGCUGUCCUCUUCUCACCUCUCACUCCUUGCUCGCUUUGAUUUUUUUUUUUUGUUGUUGUUCUUUUCUGUCCACUAUCCACAUAUCUGUCAGAACUUUUAUUAAAAAGUCAAAUUUCGUCUCACUGAAGAAUUAUAACUCGGAAAUAUAAAAAGAAAGGAACUGAAGUGACAUUUUCUCUUGAGUAACUCUCCCUCGUGAUUCACAUUUAAUCAGAAAUCUGGAUUUUACGCUGUUUGCUUAAAAGAUUGUUUUAUGCGACUCUCCAGUGACAGAGCUGUGGGGAAAGAAAAACGCUUCUGCUUUCUUAACAUUUAGUAACUUUGGGGGAAAAGCAAAGCAGAUCCUUCUUUUCUCUGACUUUUCUUCUGAAUCUAACUUUUGUUAACAUGAAGCACAAGGAGAAUGUGAUUAAAUCUAAUCUGCUUAUAGUUUGAGCAAACGCUGUCUGCAAAGGUUUGAGAAAACCUGCUCUUUCUGCAUCACUAAUUUCUCUUUGAAUGAAAAGAAAGAAACAAGAAUCAAAGACACAUUAUUACAUCAAACUUUUUCAUUUUUUUAAUUAACCUUUAUAUAUCCUUAGCAUAAAGGUGCGACUGGAAUGUGUUUAGAAUGAAUAAAACUGUUAUGAAUGUCGAGUUGGGAAACAGAUAUUAUGUUUCCUUUGACUCCAAUAAAGCCGGUCCUGUUACAGUGUUAAACCACAGAGAUGUUAAAAAAAA